AUGACCGUCCUGAUCCAGCCCAUGUGGCCAAAAACCGUCACCGACCUCCAGACUUGCCUUUCGACCCCCGUCAGCUCCUGCACAGUAUGCCAAGGCCGCGCAAAGAGCAAGCCUUCCUGCGGGAACCCUAUCAGCGAGAAAUCGCGCCAGAGGAUCUCAUCCGUGGUUAUCGACAUCCUCAAGAGCGGGAGUCUGUCCUCUGCCGCGAAGCACCUUGAGCGGCUGGCUUCUCUGGUGCUGUGUAGGAGAUGGCAUCAGGCGCAGGUCGCCGACAAGAUUGUGGAGUGGGAGCGGCGUAUGCGGGAGUUUCUCGGGUUGAAGGGGGACGAGGGAAAGGACAGUGAGAAGGGAGAGACCAAACCCGAGAUACGGAGAUCGAGGCCGGCCGCCUGUUCGACAAAGACGGGGAGCUGCGUUGCUAGACCGUCGAAUGCCGGUCGACCGCCCGUUGUCGACGAUGUCAAGACAGAGCCUGUGGACGAGAAGCCUCGCGUCAGCGUGGUGAAGCAAGAGCUCGUCAAGGAAGAAGACGAGUGCAAACCCAAACUCGACAGCAUCCCCUUCAAGCGCCUGCCCGACAAACCAGCCGUCUCCCCAUGCUCUCCGCAUAAGCCGACUGCCCAUACCUUCACCCCUUACAGCCCGUCCGCACCCACCAGCAAGAUCAAUAAAGACAUCAUCAAGAAACUCAUCGCCCCAUUCACGACAGGGGAGCGAAAAGCAGCCGACACGGGCUACAUCUACGGCUACAGGCUCCCGAAAGGCCAUGUUACAGCCUCGGGGACCGACGCCCGCCGCAUGAUCAAGAUCGGCUACACGAACAACCCCCAACGACGCAUGCGGCAAUGGGAAUCGAAGUGCCACUACGCACCCGACCUCGUCUUCAAGCGCCUGGCACCGCACUACAUCAAGAUGGAGGAGAUUGUCCACCUGCACCUGGCCAACGAGCGGCGGUGGGACCGGACGUGCCCCGGCUGCGGCGGACCUCACAAGGAGUUCUUCGAGGUCGACGCCGAGAAGGCGCAGGCCGUGGUGGGCAUGUGGGCGGCGUGGGCGAGCCUGCGGCCGUUUGACGACGAGGGCAGGCUCAUGCCGUACUGGGCGGCGAGGCUGGCGGCACUGGACGUUGACGACGCCGAGUGUUGGGACACGUUUGUGUUGGAGAAGGGCAAGAAGAAGGCCGGAUCGGGAUGA